ACGCAAGCCCAAUGUAAACCUGUCGCCUUGAAGUGCAUGGGCCGAUGGUCAACAAGAAGAAGCUCAAACAACGGAAGAAAGCCGCUGCCGAGUGUGGCGGCGCCGUCACGGCCGCGAUUACCAACGAACAGUUGCCUCCCAUCAGCGAUGAAACGUUUGGCGCAUGCAAAGCAUUGCAGGACGAAGAGAUGGAGGUGCUCGAGGCAAUCUACGGCGACGACUACGCCGAGCGGAAAAGCAUCAAAGGGUUUCCAUCAUUUGCAAUCACAGUCUCCAAACAAGGCGAGACGCUAAGCUCCAACGGAAGCGGCGACAUCCAAGGCGUGGCGACUGUGACGUUGCGGUUCCAGCUGCGCAAGGGAUACCCGAUACGAGAAUUCCCCGACGUCGACGUCGAGUCAUCCGACGGCCUUACGACCACAGAAGUCGCCAACCUCGAGGAGGAAUUGCAGGCCAUGGGCCGCGAGAAGCUCAAACUCCGCGAAGGCGCCGUGAUGGUUCACGACAUGGUCGUGGCCGCAGAAGAGUUUCUGCUCCGUCAUAUCAAAGACCAGCGGUCGUUCUUUGACCAAAUGGUCAAACGACAUCAAAAACAAGCAGAGCGCGACGCAGAAGAAUUGCGGCGGACCCGAGAGCUCGAGCAAGAGCAAGCCAUGCAUGAGGAGCAGCAAAUGCGAAAGGUUAUCCAGGCAGACAUUGAGAAAAAGGCCAAGAUCCAGAAACACAAAGGCGGGAAUGGCCACGCACAUCCUCCCGUCACCGCCGUCGACGUCACCGCUAUGACUGCUCGGAUGGCUGGGGCAGGACGGUACAACUCGUCUGACGAGUCGUCCUCUGGCAACUCGGACGGGUCGUCUUCGUUCGGCGAGUCGGACUCGGAAUCCCGUGCGCAUCCUUCCACGUCAAGGUACUUGAACGACUUCAAGGAGGAUAAGGUGCUGGGCCGCGGCGGGGGCGGCGAAGUGCUCAAGGUGCAAAACCGUCUCGAUCGGCAGUGGUACGCAGUCAAGCGAAUUAAACUCGACUCGAACGACCCGACGAUGAAGAAAAAGCUUCUGCGCGAAGUCAAGACGAUCUCGAGGCUGCAACAUCGCCACAUUGUCCGGUACUUUCAAGCGUGGAUCGAAGGCAGUGACCGCCAAGGAGGCGAUGAUACGGGCGAGGGCAGCGACGACAACGACGGAUGGUCGGAUGACGAAACGUCAGAGUUCAUGUCGUCCAGCGGCAGCGAAGAAGAAGACGACUGGCUCGGCCACAGUCGGUCGCGACACCAUUCGACAUCCGCGGCAGUCGCAACGAAACCCCGCGCGUCAUCCCGCGCAGCCAUGCUGCACGACGACGGCAGCAGCAGCAGCAGCGACGAGAACGAGUCCAACAGCGACGCCAAGGACAUGACGGAUGCGUGGGAGUGGACUGUCGACGCCCAAGCGCGGGAAGCAAUGCUCCACCACCACUACAACGGUCCAUCGCCGCCGCGGAAACCCAAAAAAGCCAACGAGAAGCUGUUUAUCCAAAUGGAGUAUUGUGGCGGCAACACGUUGCGCGACGUGAUCGAUCAAAUGUCGCUGUGGAAGUCCGAGGACAAAGUGUGGACGCUGUUUCGGCAAAUCUUGGAAGCCAUCGCUUACAUCCACAGCGAAGGCGUGAUCCAUCGAGACAUCAAGCCACCCAAUAUUUUCCUCGACGCGGAAGGGACGGUCAAGUUGGGGGACUUUGGGCUCGCCACCAAGCCCCCCAAAGACAUUCAAGAUCGCAAACCCGAUGAAGACGACGACGAAGCGAUUCUGGACCACGUACCGUCGCUGAACGUGAACCACUUGAAGGACAUUCCAACGUACGAUAGCAUUUCCCGCGACACACCCGGCGCGUAUGAAGACGGCAUGCACGACAUGACGGUGUCGUACGAAAGCUUAAACAUCACGGCGGGGGUCGGAACGGCGUUUUACCGCGCGCCAGAGCAGGAAAAGGAAGGCCAGCGGUACAAUCAAAAAGCCGACAUGUUUUCGCUCGGGAUUCUGUUUUUUGAAAUGUGGUCGCCACCGUUCACGACGCUGAUGGAACGCGCUGAAGCCCUCAUGGACCUCCGCCAGCGCAACCAGUGUCCGCCGCACUGGAAAGCUCCGCCGAAUGUCCAGACCAUUGUCCACUGGCUGUGCUCGCCCAACCCGAACAACCGGCCAUCCGCGGCCGAACUCCUCGCGUCCAACUUGCUCCCCCCAAAGAUGGAAGUCGAGGAAAAGUACCUCAAGGAAGCCCUCCAGACGUUGGCGAACCCCAAAGGCCACUUUUUCGGACAAAUGAUGCAAGCGCUGUUUGUGCAAGAACCGGUCGACCACGUCGACUACACGUUUGACGGCGUGCACCGGCACAAAACGUCCGCGUUGUACUCGGAAGGCCACGGACGCGUGUUCGUGCAGCGACAUUUACAAACGGUGUUUGAACAACAUGGAGCAGUCGAGCUGACGACGCCAUUGCUUAUGCCGAAACGAGCGAGUUGCGCGCUCCACGUGAAUCGGUGUGCGCUGCUCGACGCGGCGGGGGUCACAGUCAUGCUCCCGUUUGACUUUACCGAGCCCCUCGCGCGGUUCCUCGCACGCAACAACGUGACGCAGCUGAAACGGUUCCAUUUUGGCCGUGUAUUUCGGAAAAGCGUGAGCGGCGGCCACCCCCGCGAGAUCUUUGAAGCCGAUUUUGACUUGGUGUGGGACGAAAAACACACGGGGCGCAUUAUGGAGCUCGAAGUGCUCAAUGUCGUGCGGCAGUCGCUGGAUUCCCUGGGACUUCUCGCGACGUCAUUCGUGCGGCUGAGCGACGCCAGACUUUCACGCGGCAUGCUUGACAUCUGCGACGUCCCGCUCGCUUCUCGACGGGAUGUGCUCAAGUGGCUCUCCCAGGAGUCCAACUUGCCGUCAGUGCCCACAAGUCGGUGGAAAUUUGUCGUGCGAAAGAUGACGGACGUGUCGAUUUCGGAAUCGUCGUGCGAGUUGCUCAAGCAUUUCUUCCAUCUGCCGCCGGACCCGGUGGUCGCCCUGGCGUCUAUCGAGUCGUUUCUGAUGCUCACGAUGAGCCAGCUCGGGCACCACGACUUUGCAUCGUCGACGACAAGAAGUGCGUUCUCGAACAAGACCAAACGGGAGCACAAGCGCGAUGCGCAGCUGAAAAAGUCCAUUCACGACGCCCUCCUCGGCCUCCAGAACCUCCGCGCGCUGUUUCUGGACCUGAAAAACACCGUGUCCCUUCGCCUGGACCUCGGGUUGCGGCAGGAAGCGUACACGACGGGACUCAUGUUUCAAGUCGUGAACAACCAAAACGAAAUCAUGGCCGAGGGCGGACGGUACGACGCACUCGUGAUCAAGUACCGAUUGCCGGCGGCGCGCAUGCAGCUACCAACAGUGCGGGCCGUCGGAGUCCGCUUCUCGGUCGAUCGCAUGGUGGGUUGCUUGGCCCGGCCGCAAGUUGAGCAGCCGUUGAUUUUGGUCUGCUCCGACCCGGCGAUGCUCCAUUCUCGGCUGGAAGUGGCGACAUUGUUGUGGCAGAGCGGUUUGACGGCAGAGUUGUGGCACCCCGACACCAAGGACCUUGAAGAAUAUUGCACCAUAAUUGGCGCGCACUGGAUGGUCUUGGUCAAGAAGCAUUUGCUCCAUGAAAAACGAGCGGUCAAGGUGCGUUCGAUCAAGCACUACGACGGCGACGUGACGGUGCCGAUCACGUCGCUCGCGUAUUACUUUUUCGAGCACCACCCGACCGUGGCGUCGUUGCAUCGGCCUCGGAGCGGAUCCAUGGCGAUGGCUGCCGGUGGCGGAAGCGGCGGGGUGGACAAGAGCGGCGGCAACGACAAAGACGGCCCGACCGUCAAACUGAACGUCAAGGUGAUCGACCCCAAGCAAAAUCAAAAGGACAAACAACGGCAAAAGCAAGAUGUCGGCCACGUCGAGCGUCAAGUGUCCAAGUGGCUGUCGUCGUUUCUUGUGCCGAGUGCAUCGAACGAGCCGACCAAGGUGCUGUCGGUGGAUGUGCCGUUCGGGGUGUUGCGGGACUUUGGCAGCCGCUUCAUGGACGACCGGUCGACGGCCGUGGAGUCGUUGGCAAAUUCGCGGUACAAGAAGGUGUUGAAACUCGUCGUGGACGAAAUCGCCGACCUCGAAAGCAGCGACUACUGGCGAGGGAAGCGGGAAAAGUACGUGUUGCUUCACAGCAGCUGCGACGAUCGAUACGACAUGCUGUCCAUCUCGGACCCGACGUCGUUCAAGAGCCACCCUCAUCGAAGGUAGAUCGAUAGAUGCCAACGAUAGAGCGUAACUAAAACAUCCGCGACCAUGAUUGAAAUGCGCCGGUUUCAU